AUGACUUCUUACGACAACCUUCCUCUUCGUGUCAUCCCUCACAUCGUGGAUGAGAUUGCAAAGACUGCCCCUAACACAAAAUGGGUGGAAGUACCGCGAAACAACGAUAACCUUCAAGAUGGUUACAAAACUCUGACAUUUGGUCAACUAUCACAAGCUGUUAGCAGGAUGGCUCGCUGGAUGGAGAAGACCAUUGGAACUAGCACCUCAAGAGAAACCAUCACGUACAUGGACCCCAAGAACGAUAUUAGAUACAUCUUCACCAUCAUUGCAUCUAUGAAAACUGGAUACAAAGUUCUCCUGGCUUCCNNAACACGCAACAGCGAAGAAGGUCAACGUGCUAUCCUUCAAAGAACACAAAGCAAGAAAUUUCUGCAUGGACAAGGCAUGAGAGAGGACAUUCUUGCAUUACAGGACGAGAAGACGCCAAUCGACGCAUUCGAGGUUCCUCCCAUGGACUACUUCUUCGACGGAGACAAUGUCGAACACUACGAGGGUACCGUAAGCAGUGACCCGAACGACAUUGUUGCUAUCAUUCAUACUUCAGGCUCGACCGGCAUUCCUAAGCCAAUCUACCUACGCAAUGGCUAUAUCGCUUGUCUCGACCGCACUUGCAAACUUUCCAUCCCCAAUGGCCGCCUAUCAAGAGCACAAAGGUUCGCUGGAACCGACAGAAGUUUCACCAGUCUACCAUGGUUCCACGCAAUGGGCUUCUUCAUGGCAUUGAGAUCUAUCUAUAGACAAGGUCCCCUCGUGCUGCCUCCUGUAGGAAAGUCGCCCAACGCAGACCUUACCCUUCAGAUUCUCCAGGUCGCCAAACCAGAGACCGGUUUCUUCCCUCCUGCCAUUCUUGAGGAUAUCGUAGAUGCCCCGGGUGGUAUGGAUGCACUUUCCAAGCUCGACUUUAUCUUNUUCGCCGGUGCCCCGUUGGCUCAAGAAGUUGGUGAUCGAAUCGCUGAGGUCACCCAGAUCCAAACCAUUAUCGGUUCUACGGAAGGCACCAUCUGGGACAGUUACAUCACCGAAGACCGUAAGGACUGGGGAUGGUUCGAGUGGUGCGAGCAUACUGGAGCUGUCAUGGAGCCUUCUGGCGAUCUCUAUGAGAUGGUCAUCAAACGUAUGCCCGGUAACCCAGUUCAAGGUGCUUUCUGGAGUUUCCCCGAGCUCGAUGAGUAUCGCACUAAGGAUCUUUACGAAGAACAUCCAACCAAGAAGGGUCUCUGGAAGUACAAGGGUCGCAACGACGAUGUUAUUGUCCUCAGCAACGGCGAGAAGUUCAACCCCGUCAUGUUUGAGAAGGACAUUGAGGGGCAUCCAGCAGUUAAGGGUGCUUUGGUAGUUGGACAGGGUCGCUUCCAGGCCGGUCUAAUCCUCGAAACCAACACCAAGACCGAUCCCGAGGCAUUCCUGGAGCAGAUCUGGCCUGCAGUUGAGAGGGCUAACGAGAAGAUGGCAGCUCAUGGCAGAGUCUGGAAAUCGAAGAUUGCCAUCGCCAACCCUCAGAAGCCGUUCCAGAGAGCCCCCAAGGGUAGCACCAUGCGUCGCAAGACCAACGAGCUUUACAAGUCUGAGAUCGAAGCUCUGUAUUCCAAUGAAGGCUCGGCCGAAUCGCUUGGUCAGCUCGACGUCAACGCCGAUGAGGGCACUGUUCGCGACUUCAUCAAGCAAGCUAUUCGUCUUGCUCUUCCCAAGGUUCCUGAGCAGUUCGACGAUGAAGGCUAUGAAGCCGACAUCUUCUCCUUUGGUAUCGACUCUUUGCAAGUGCUUGCUCUAGCGAACACUAUCGGCCAUGCAUUGCCUAAGAAGGAAGGCUCGCGUGACGCUGCUUUCAAGCCUCGUAUGGUCUAUAGCAACCCUACCAUUGAAGCUCUGACCAAGGCGGUCAGCAACAUCCUUCAUGGUCAGNNGGAUGCAAAUGGUACCUCAACCAAGUCGCGAGAGCAGAACAUGGACGAGGUCAUCAAGAAGUACACACAAAACCUACCUUCACCUGUAGGGUACAACCCUCGCUCGCAAAACCAUGUGGUUGUUCUCACCGGCAGUACAGGCUCUCUCGGCAAUUAUUUGCUCGAGGGUCUGAUGGCUAAUCCUGCAGUCGAGAAAGUAUACUGUCUCAACCGCUCUGAAGCCCAGAGCCGCCAAAAGCGCAGUUUCGAAGAACGAGGUGCAAACCCAGACUUCUCCAAGGUCGUCUUCUUGCAAGCCUCAUUCGGCAAGCAGAACUUCGGGCUCGAUGAUAAAGUCUACGUUGAGCUGCAACGUGAUGUCGACAUUUUCAUCCACAACGCAUGGGCAGUAGACUUCAAUAUGGGUCUCGAGUCGUUUGAAGAAACCCAUAUCAUGGGUACCCGUCGCGUGAUCGAUUUCAGCGCUUCGGCUCAACAUCAUCCUCACAUUGUCUUCAUCUCGUCCAUCGCCAGUACUGGUAACUGGCUCGGUAGCAGACACACAGGCUUUGUCCCCGAAGUGUUCAUGCAAGACAACAGUCUGCCAUUCGCUCAAGGCUAUGGCGAAAGCAAGCAUGUAGCCAGCUCUAUGUUGGCUAUUGCAGCCGAGCGUUGCAAUAUUCCCUCCACCAUCGUGCGUGUAGGUCAAUUGGCUGGUCCCGCCGCAGAGAAGGGCCUCUGGAACCGUCAAGAGUGGCUUCCAUCUAUCGUCGCCUCAUCAAAGGCCAUUGGCAAGAUCCCUCGCACACUUGGCAAUGAAGACAUCGUAGAUUGGGUGCCUACAGACGCAGCAGCAAAGGUCCUUAUCGACCUCACACACACCAGACUACGCACACAAGAAGCAGAGAAGCUGGAUACAUUCCAUCUGGUCAACCCCUCCACCGUGCAAUGGAAACAACUCGUUCCUGCUGUUGUGGAAUACUACGCUUCUCAAGGCACAUCAAUUGCCAUUGUUGAGUUUUCUGACUGGCUGGACGAGAUGAAGAAGCUUGAGGUUACAGAGGAGAAUAUGAGGAACAUCCCUGGGUUGAAGUUGUUGGACUUCUACGAAGGUCUUGCUAUGGAGGAGGGCAGUUUGCCUAGGUUGGCGACCGACAGGACUGCUNNGGAAGCCAGUGUCACGUUGAGGGAGUUGGGACCUGUGAAUGCCGGAUUAAUGGUUAACUGGUGCAAGCAGUGGCAGUUCUAG